UUUUGCUCUCUCUCUCUCUCUCUCUCUCAAAAAAAAAAGUUUGUAAUGUAAGAGCCAACCGAGCGGAGAAGGAGGAGAGGAGACAAAAGAGCAUAUAAGCACAAUCACUCUUCAAUCUGGUGAGGAUACAAGUUGGGAAAUGGAUCCUAAAGAAAGGCAAUGGGACACUUGGGAGAAUCCUUCCACUGGGAAUGAUGUGACAAAUACGAUUUCCUCAGAUCAUCAACCUUUUACCAGUUACAAAUCACGGCAGCAUCAACAGAAGUGGGAAAGUCCCUCCGUUUUAGAUUAUGAAAUGGGGAUGGAACUGUCCUUCCAGAAAUUCCACCAGCCUUCUGAUUCGCAAACGUCGCAUACUUGCAACUCCAAUAACGAUACAAAAAUACCAGAUCGAGAAGAUGGUAGGAUGCGUGAGGCGCAGCAGCCUGAUAAAAUCCAAGACUGGGAUCCAAGAAACGUGAAUGAUCUCUCUUUUCUGGAACAAAAGAUCCAUCAGCUUCAGGAUUUAGUGCAUGUGAUUGUUGGCCGGAGAGGUCAAGUUCUAGGACGACCAGAUGAACUUGUGGCUCAGCAACAGCAGCUCAUAACUGCUGACCUUACUUCCAUAAUUGCUCAGUUGAUCUCUACAGCAGGUAGUCUUCUACCAUCUGUGAAGCAUACACUUUCCACCACGAUUCCUUUUACAGGACAGUUUGGGCAGCUUGGUGGGUCAUUCAUUCCUUCUGCAGCAGGAAAUGAUGUGGGUGUUAAGUUGCAAGUUAAUAGUGGAAGCAAAUUAGCUGAUCAGGCCAACCAUACUGAUCUAAUAAGUAAUUAUGGGACUGAGCACAUGGAAGAACAUGAAACAAAGGAUGAAGAAGAUGCUGAUGAAGGUGAGAACCUUCCGCCUGGUAGCUACGAAAUUUUACAGUUAGAGAAAGAAGAAAUCCUGGCACCCCACACUCACUUCUGUGCAAUUUGCGGAAAGGGAUUCAAGCGGGAUGCAAAUUUAAGGAUGCACAUGAGAGGUCAUGGAGACGAGUAAACCGCAGCAGCACUUGCAAAGCCCAACAAGGAAUCCAGCUCCGAACCAACACUUAUCAAAAGGUAUUCGUGCCCUUAUGCUGGCUGCAAGCGGAACAAGGAUCACAAAAAGUUUCAGCCCUUGAAGACUAUUUUAUGUGUCAAGAAUCACUACAAGAGAACCCACUGUGACAAAAGUUACACUUGCAGCAGAUGCAACAGCAAGAAGUUCUCCGUUAUUGCAGAUCUGAAAACUCAUGAGAAGCAUUGUGGUAAGGACAAGUGGCUUUGUUCUUGUGGCACUACCUUCUCAAGGAAAGACAAGCUUUUUGGCCAUAUUGCCCUUUUCCAAGGUCACACUCCUGCCAUACCCCCCGAUGAACCAAAAGGAACUCUAGGGCCAACUAACCACGGGGAAGGCAGUGAAGCAUCAAACAGAGUUGGAAGCAUUAACUUCAGUUUUGGCUCCACUGCUCCUGGCGGAGGUGGUGGAUCUCAAAAUCUCAUGGACGUGAAAGAAAGUAUCGAUGAUCCUACUAGUUACUUCUCUCCAUUGAAUUUUGAAACCUGUAACUUUGAUGGGUUUCAUGAGUUGCCUCGACCCCCGUUUGAGGAUUCAGAGAUCUCUUUUCUUAUGCCAGUGUCUUGUAAUUACACUGACAAAACUGGAGGGGAGUCGAAUUUCAACAAUCUUCAACGACACUAAUGAUUGCUCGCCAGCGUAUGACUUUCUUUAACAUUUGUAAGUUUUAGGUGGUCCCAUAUGUUAUGUGAUUUCUUAAGCUUGAAUAAAUGAUGGUGCUUACUAGUUUGUAGCUUAAUAGAAGUUGUAGUAGGCUCUAGCGAUGCUUAAAUCUUAGUUUACCAAUUCUGCAUCAUUAUUUCCCUUAACUUUCGUGUUCAUCGGUCUGAUUCUGCAUUUCAUAUUUGGAAUUCUUUCAGUGA